CGAGGCCUUAGGAAAGGAAGUUUCUCAACAUGGGAUGAUAGACGGAUUUCUCUCGAUCGGUGGAAAAUGUGAGGCAGGAGCGGAAAAAUCUAUUCCGAAUUCCCUGAAGCAACCAGGAUUCCAAGACCUCGGACAGGAAGAG